CUUUAAAUUUUAACCUUUUCCCUUAAUUUUGAACUAAUUUCAGUAUUUUCAUUAACUAACAUAAUUAAAAAGGCUGAAAUACCAAAGAAAUGUAUCUUUCAUACAAUUUUUGUAUUUAAAUUCCAAUUGAAAGCGAAUCUACUUGAAACAGUUUUCUGUUGGUUUUCAUGAACCUUUCCUUUUAAUGCUCUUUAAAUUUUUUCAACGUUUUGUUUUGAAAACCAAUUUUUUUGGAUUAAAUCCACAUAAAGCUUAGCCGAUGAAGUGAUUUAAUAAUUGAACAUGGAACCCGGUACAACGCUAUUUUCUUGGGUGCCAAAUUUAAAAGAUCUGUGUUAUUUCUGCUGUACAGUUUCAAAUUCACAUAUUAUGACACAUGAAUUCACCAAGGAAAUUCAUCACUGUCAAAUCAUUUACUGCAGAACCAUUAUUAGAAUUUUUUCGAGAACAUUAGCUUCUCCAGUUCCUAAAAGUGAGCAUUGUUUUUAUGUGGUUCUUUCGAGGAAAUAUGCUGAAACUAAUCAACUCCAAGAAUUUUUCAAGUGGAAAGCUAUUCACUAUUCUGAUCCUCAGGAAGUCACAUUUGAAAUUUACAAGAAUUGUGCAAAGUAUUCUAUUAUUUAUAAAUUGUUGCCAGUCUGGAACAGAGUCGGCGAAUAUUUAUGCAAAGGGCAGCAUUAUUCUGAGCUUACAGACGAACUGGACGCAAUCAAAUUUGAUUUAGACAUCAAAGAAGAAGGACUAUUCCUGCAAUUCAAUCCAGUGAAACUGAAACUUACUUCCUUAAGUUUGGAAGUAAUUGGAGUGACUGGAUCGACUUUAGUGACAUUCCAAAAUAAUCCUAAAAUGCCGAUUACUUUUCGACAUCAAAAGGCUCAUAUCAUAGCUUAUAUCUUGCCUAGCUUGAAAAAGUGCAAAUUACUAAAAGUUACAAAAGAAAUUCCCAAUACUUGCAAAUUUAAACAAUAUCAUGUGAUUCGAGAUCACUGGAAGAAUAUGUAUGGAAUCGUGUUACCAAAAAAGAAAGAAGGCAUCAAUUUCUACGAGCUCUCAUUUGAAGGAUUUGAAGAACGCACCUUCGUUUAUCCGGAGACUUGCUUGCAAGCUAAAUUGCCAAAAAUUAUUGAGUGUUGUAAUCAGGCGGAUAUCACACAUCAAUUUUUGGAAGACCUGAAAGUGAAAGUUCCCCAAAUUUGUGGCAAAGAGCUUUCCUUUGUUUAUCAAAACGUUAAACCUAUCGAGAAUUUUCUCAAGCCAAACGAGGUACAUGCUUCGAGGGGAAUUAAUGACACUCCUUCAAAGUCAUCGAUAUCUGGAAAUUCAAAUUUUUUUGAAAGCUGCAGUCUGAAAAGCUCCAACGUGUUUACCUAUGAUCCAAAAGCAACGGGAAUAUUUUCGUUUAAAAUCAACUUUAAUUCCAAAACCAAAAGCUCAGCUGACAAUUUGGCAUCUUCGUUUAAAAAUAAACUGAACAAUUCUUCCAAGUUGCAAGAUUCUGAAAUCAGUUUGAGAAGCGAAUCUGUGAGCAACUGGCUUCUAAAUUCCUGUGAUUCUCCAGGAAUUUCUCAAGAAACUGAAAGUCAAACAAGUGUGAAAGAUUUUGAAAAAUCGAGAGACUCGCCUUUGAAAAAAAGAAUGAAAUUUUCGGGUCCUAAGAAGGCAAUCAUACGGUCGAUUGAAUGUACCAAAGUCUCUCUUUCACCUUUCAGAAGAGCGAAUAUGAAAAAUAAGAAUAUAGAUGUUCCAAGAUUAUAAUUUGACUUAGAAAAAAUCAGAGAACUAAUGUGAAGAAUACUGUGGCAUACAUAAUUUGGUGCAUCAGUUAUGUUAAGUUUAUGAGCUUAAUUUAUUUAUUUUAAACAUUGUUAUUUCUAAUUUUUGUUACAAAUUAUGGAGUCUAAGACAAAUAAAGGUAUUUUUGUAAUUCUUA